UCUGCAACUACGUUUUUUAAUCUGCAAUGGCUAAAAAUUUGGGCCACAUGUUUCUACAAAUAUUGAACAAUGCAGAAUUAGAUCAAAUUGCUAUGAUAUGCAAAAUUAGCAAUGCCAGUCUCACGUAUAAUGAAUUAUUGGUAAAUAGUUUGAAAAUUGCGAAAAAGAUGAGAGACAUUGGAAUCGAAAGAGGUGAUGUCGUUGGAUUUGUAAGUGAAAAUCGAAUAGAAUACUGCGUAUCAGUUAUAGCAUGUUUCUAUCUCCAAGCUGUCAUACAUCUUAUGAAUCCGAGCUAUUUAAAAGCCGAAUUACAACAAGGUUUUGAUAAAAGUAAACCGAAGGUGGUUUUUACCUCUAAAGAAAACUUUGAUAAAGUCAUAAUGCUACAACAGGAGACUAAUUACGUGGAGACCAUCUUCAACUUCGAUGUUAAUUAUUUGGAUAUUACUAAAGAUGGACUUGCUCUGAAGCAAAUUGAAUUAGAUCCUGAAAUCAGCAUAGAAAGGGCAAUAAUUAUUAAUUCUUCUGGUACAACCGGUUAUCCACAAUCGGUUGUUUUAACGCAGAACAACAUACAUUACGCAAUGGAAUACUUGCAAGAUUCAUAUAUGCAGUACAAGGAAAAAGCGAAGCUGGUCAUAUUACCAUUCUGUCAUAUAUCUGGCUUGUUCAUUGUUCUCGACGCUCUUCAGAAAAAAUCCAAACUUGUAAUACUGUCGAAGUUCAAACCAGACCUUUACUGUGAAAUUAUACAAGAACACAAAAUCGUAUCUCUAGAAACUGUUCCAACUAUCGCGACUUUUUUAGCUCGGAAUCCCAUUAUAGAUAAAUACAAUUUGACAUCUGUAAAGAAUAUAGUAUGCGGAGGAGCACCGCUUGCUCAAGAUAUUCAAAAUACCAUAUUAAAAAAGUUCAAUUGUCAGGUAAGACAAUUGUACGGAAUGACCGAAACAUGUGGUCUAGUGAUGCUCGCUCCUAUUGGCGAAAAAUGGAAGGUUGGAAGCGUUGGAAAACCAAUUCCGAAUAUCGAAACAAAAGUGGUUGAUCCACUGACAAAGAAAAAACUGAAUUGCGGAGAACUAGGUGAAAUUUGUGUGAAAAGUGGUAUGAACAUGAAAGAAUACCUUGGAAAUAUUGAGGCUACAUUAGCGGCCUUUGAUGAAGAAGGUUUUUUUCGUACCGGUGAUAUAGGUUAUUUCGACAAGGAUGGCUACUUCUUUAUCAAUGAUAGAUUAAAGGACGUGAUUAAAUACAAAGGAUAUCAGGUUCUUCCUGUAGAAUUGGAAAAUAUGCUGUUGCUGCACAAAGAUAUUGUGGAUGCAGCUGUUAUUGGUAUUGCUGAUGAAAGAUUCGGGGAGUUGCCAAUGGCUUUUGUGGUCAAAGAUAAAAAUUCUGAACUGAACGAAGAGGACGUGAAAUAUUAUAUUGCUGUUCCUAUAAUAGAACGCUGCUCCAUAAACAAACAGCUCCACGGUGGUGUGAAGUUUGUUGAAAGCAUUCCCAGAGGAGCCACCGGCAAAAUACUAAGAAGAUUACUUCGAGAAACAUUGAAAAAAUGAUUAAAUAUUAUAAAAAUAUGUUGCCACAUAAUGUUAAUGGCGUAAACAUAUUUUUUUUGAUUUAUUUUUCUUUAAGGCACGGUCAAAUGCCUAUAUAGUUUUAUGGUUGUUGUAAUAAAUAAUGAAUUAAA